GGAGGAACCACAGCGGAGCCGGGGACAGGGGGAGCAGGGCAGUGCUCUGCUGGGUGAGGGGCACCCAGCUCCAGAGGCUAGGUGGGCGUCGCUGGUGGGUGGACUCCUGGGCGCUGCGCGGAGCCGCGCCGGCUGGAUUAGCGCGGGCGGGGCGCUUAGUCCCACCCCCAGAGGAGGCGGAAGAGGAGCCCCAGCCUGGCCGCGGGCUGGGCCCCGCCGCAGCUCCAGCUAGCCGGCUUGGUCCUGCGGUCCCUUCUCUGGGAGGCCCGACCCCGGCCGCGCCCAGCCCCCACCAUGCCACCCGCGGGGCUCCGCCGGGCCGCGCCGCUCACUGCAAUCGCUCUGUUGAUGCUGGGGGCUCCCCUGGGUAAGGGGAUGGGGAGUGAUGCGGCCGGGGUGGGAUGGGGUGGGAUGGGGUGGGAUGGGGGCGGAGGAAGGGGAGGGGCCGAUCCGAGGGGCUUGGGGUCGAGGCUUAUCCAAGGCUGCCACGGGAGCCUUGGGUGUUGCUGGAUCCUCAAGAAGCGGGAAGAGGGAGCGCCAGGAUGCUGGACCAUGGGAGGCUGACCCCGGGGUGCAGGGUCAGCUUCAGGCAGAGGCCUCUGGAGCUCCGGAGCUGAGACCCUCAGCGCUGGCCGGCGAGGACUGCCUAUGGUACUUGGACCGGAAUGGCUCCUGGCAUCCGGGGUUUAACUGCGAGUUCUUCACCUUCUGCUGCGGGACCUGCUACCAUCGGUACUGCUGCAGGGACCUGACCUUGCUCAUCACCGAGAGGCAGCAGAAGCACUGCCUGGCCUUCAGUCCCAAGACCAUAGCAGGCAUCGCCUCAGCUGUGAUCCUCUUUGUUGCUGUGGUUGCCACCACCAUCUGCUGCUUCCUCUGUUCCUGUUGCUACCUGUACCGCCGGCGCCAGCAACUCCAGAGCCCAUUUGAAGGCCAGGAGAUUCCAAUGACAGGCAUCCCAGUGCAGCCAGUAUACCCAUACCCCCAGGACCCCAAAGCUGGCCCUGCACCCCCACAACCUGGCUUCAUGUACCCACCUAGUGGUCCUGCUCCCCAAUAUCCACUCUACCCAGCUGGGCCCCCAGUCUACAACCCUGCAGCUCCUCCUCCCUAUAUGCCACCACAGCCCUCUUACCCGGGAGCCUGAGGAACCAGCCAUGUCUCUGCUGCCCCUUCAGUGAUGCCAACCUUGGGAGAUGCCCUCAUCCUGUACCUGCAUCUGGUCCUGGGGGUGGGCAGGAGUCCUCUAGUCACCAGGCCCCAGACCAAGCCAAGCCCUGGGCCCUACUGGGGACAGAGCCUCAGGGAAGUGGAACAGGAGCUGAACUAGAACUAUGAGGGGUUGGGGGGAGGGCUUGGGAUUAUUUUUACUGGGGGCAAGGGAGGGAGAUGACAGCCUGGGUCACAGUGCCUGUUUUCAAAUAGUCCCUCUGCUCCCAAGAUCCCAGCCAGGAAGGCUGGGGCCCUACUGUUUGUCCCCUCUGGGCUGGGGUGGGGGCAGGGAGGAGGUUCCAUCAGCAGCUGGCAGUAGCCCUCCUCUCUGGCUGCCCCACUGGCCAGAUCUCUGGCCUGCUGGAUUAAAGCUGUAAAGACGUAACUCA